AUGCCUGGAGAUACGCUCAAGUUACCGACGGACCAAUCGAGAAAUCGUACUCGUUCUCAGGGCAGCAUUAUAGCGUUGCUCGUUGUACAAAGAGAAUAUUUGCGAUCUAUUCAUCGCACGUGCAAUUCGGCUGUGAGGCUCACUGAAACGUCCGCCUCCAUUACAGUCUCGACGAAACUCCAAACGUUAACGCAGCUAUGGGCCAAAUGUCGAUGCAAUCACGAGGAGUUAACGGCAUAUUCGAUUGAUCCGGACGUCAGUGACUAUCUCAAAGGUACCGAAUUUGGUGACAUGGAGGAUCGAGUUCUUGAUGCGACGGACGCGCUCACCGCCUUGCAGAGCAACAUGCCUUCGACAUCGUCAAUUAGGAGGGACGCUGCCGACGCAUCGUCGACUUCGAGGUUCACCAGUCUCGAGCGCAUCCCUCUGCCGACCUUCAACGGAGAUCAGAAGGACUGGGCCCACUUUCGAGACAUGUUUGACUCGAUGGUCGUCCGUGAGUCUGGACUGUCUAACGUACAGAAGUUUUAUUAUCUUAAAAGUUGUUUGACCGGUACGGCAUUGUCGUUGAUUAAAAAUUUACCGAUUACCGAUGCAAAUUUCGAAUCGGCUUGGAAAUUAAUUAAUGAUCAUUAUCAAGAUAUUCAAGUUUUGACUUUUUCUCUUAUAGUUCGGUUAUUAAAACUUAGGCCCGUAAGCGGCGAUAGUCCGGCCGCGUUAGAGACUCUAGUUAAUCAAACUCGCGAAAUACUUGUCUCUCUCGAAAACUUGAAUCAAUUAUCGUGGGAUUCCAUAUUAGUUGUUAUGACGCUUAUGCGUCUGGACCCGACGAUUCGAAAGAGUUGGGAAGAGAACAUCGGUAAGAGAGAAACAUUUCCAAAUUAUGACGAACUUGAGCAAUUUCUGAACGGUAAAGUACACGCUUUAAAUGUUGCGUCGAUUAAAAGCGGAGUCACAUGCCUGAACGACAAUGCCGUAACGAAAAAUUCAAAACAUAAAAACGGUGUUGACUCUAAGGUCACUUCGCACGUUGCGAACACCAAUACUUCUGUUUGUCAUUUGUGCUCCGCGGCUCAUAACAUAUCGAAGUGCGCGAAAUUCAAGGUCAUGUCUGCGAGCGAACGUUUAGAUUCCGCCCGAGCGGCGCAUUUAUGCUUUAAUUGUCUCGCUAAAGGUCAUUUUCCGCCGAGCUGUAAAAACAAACCGGGUUGCGAUAAGUGUAAGAAGCGGCAUCAUAAAAUGCUUCAUCAAGCAUUCUCACCGCGUACAUCGGAUCCCGAGUCAAUAAACAGUAACGCGGUUACUUCCGUUUCGAGUAACGAUCACGCGAAGUUAUCUAAUGUAACUUCCUGUCAUUCGGGAGUCGCCAAGUCAAAAACGUUAAGGCCGGUGUUAAUUGCGACAGCGUGGGUACACGUGCGUACGGCUGAAGGUCGUGAACUGCCAUUUCGCGCAGUCAUAGAUUCUGGCUCCGAGUGCUCGUUAAUAUCUGAAGCAGCUGCUCAAGCGUUACGCGUGCAAAGAAUUGCGUGCUCUGCUUCAAUUUCAGGUACUGGCGCCACCGUCUCCGGGGUCGUGAAGCACUCCACCCGCGUUGAGCUACGAUCACGAAAUAAGUCUCAGCUUGUAGUCGUGAUCGAGCCUCUUAUUUUAUCUCGGCUUUCUAAUUAUGUUCCGCGACGAUUUGUUAAGGCUUCUGAGUGGACCGGCGUCGGACAACUGACAUUGGCCGACCCCGACCCCUGCAGUGAUAAGCCGAUCGACUUAAUACUCGGUGCCGAUUGUUAUGACGAAAUAAUACUUCAGGAUCGGGUGAAGUUUCCCGGAGAGCCGUAUGCUAUUCAUUCGCGAUUCGGGUGGGUGCUGCGCGGUCCGGUGGACGACGGUCCUGUCAAUGUAUCGUCGUCGCAUACGACUAUUUCGUCAUUACACGUGACCCCUAAUACUGAUUUGACUCGUGCGAUCGAGCGCUUUUGGGAGGUUGAGGAGAUUCCUUCGCAGACCCAGUUAUCCGCUGAGGAUCAAUAUUGCGAGGACCGUCGCGACUACUAA